CCAGAGCCUAGAGAAGAAGAUAUUUCUCGCCGUUUGUCCAGGUGUACAACAAUCAACGCUUCAAGAUGGUGAGAGUAAAGUUUGGAAAAGAACAGUAUGAAGCUAUCAAGAAAUUUGAAGUUCAGCAUCACGGAGAUUUCUGGAAGUUGAUUAUGGAUAAAAUGGGAAAAUCCGAUGGUCUUUCAAUCUUGGACGUCUCAGAGGAAGCUUGUUUAUUUGCUUUGACUUUGGCUGAAAAUCACCCAACCAACAAGCUAACAAUUAUGACAUCGAGUGUAAGACCAACUUUCGAUUUUCCUGUCAAUGUCCAAUAUCACAAAGGGAGCAUCCUGAGAAAUGCCGAUUCAAUCGCCCAGAGUGGUCCCUUUGAUCUCAUUAUUUUCAACGAGAUUUCACACGAUAUUGGAGAUAUUGAUGGAUUGUUCAAAAAGCUGAAAACUCUUCUUAAAGAUGGAGGUCAAAUAGUUCUCUUUUCUCGCCCCAAGAAUCCACCAUUGCCAGUUCCCGAUAUAUGUCUCAUGCUUUGGAGAAAACUUGCAGCUACUAAAGAGGAAUUGCUUGCAUCAGCAAACGCCGCUCAACUCAAUUCUACAUGCUUCUCUGCAGCCGUUCCAAUUUCUGUCGACAAGGUUCAAUGGGAGAAUAUUUUGUAUUCCGGUUGCUUCCCAGCCGUCAAGAACACCCCAAAAUGUGAUGAACGUACUAUUCGUGAUUUCUGUGUUUCAAAGUCUGGAAAAUUCGAAUUCGAGGAGAAACUUUUGAUCGUUAUGUUACGUAAAUAAUUAUUUGAUUUUGUUAUUGAAUGUUUGUCUGCAGGGUUCACUUUCCCUAGUUGGUCCAAUGAUUGGAUUUUAUGAAUAAACUCACGUACUCUG